ACGUCAGCUCCAGGCAAUAAUGCAUUGUACAUGGUCUCUCGCUUUCAGUCUCAGAGUUCUGAAAACUAAAAUCUUGAAAUUUUCGAGAUGUAUACUUUCCCAUAACAAUCCGAUAUUUCGAUAUUCCUUAAAACCAGAUUGAACAGUCCUUGUAGCGUGGAUUCUUCCCAAGAUCACACACAGCUUCCUAGUGUGGCGGAUUUUCUGCAUCUCCGAUAGCAAAAAAGUUUCCUCCGCAACGUCUCCGCAGCCUCAGUCAUUUUUCUCGACCUGAUCGUUUCGCUGCAUUUUCUGACCCUGUCUCUGAGGUCAACGAACUCUUCUCAUUCAUUUCUAUAUUCUGCAAUCACGAUUGCAACCAUGACAGGCGCCACAAAGAAAAAGAUCAAACGGGCGGAAUACAGAGAGGCUCAAAAAGCCGCGCAAACCUCGGGGGAGCAUGUCGCUUUGCCGAAGAAAAGGUUCUAUCGCCAACGAGCGCAUGCGAAUCCCUUUUCUGAUUUUGAUUUAGAAUAUCCCUUGAGUCCAGCGCAUAUGAACUGGGCGUCGCAUUACCCCGGUUUCGUGGACCCUGAUACAUCGAAACUGACCGUUGGAGGAUCAAGAAGGAUUUUGAAGGAUGUAGAAGUAGUUGAUAUUGGCUGUGGAUUUGGGGGUCUGUUAAUUGGACUGGCACCCGUACUGCCUGAUACACUGAUGCUUGGAAUGGAAAUCCGUCUACAAGUGACAGAAUACCUCCAAGCCCGCAUCUCUGCUCUCCGCGCUCAGCAAGAUCGACUACGCAAAGACCCCUCGUCCUCAGAGCCUAUACCAGAGCCCCAACCCACAGACACUGAAACCUCCGAUCUACCAGAAGACGCGCCGGCCUUUCCAGAUGCUAGUUCAAAAGACGCCGCGCUCAUCCCUGGUGGGUAUCAGAAUAUAUCUGCCUUGCGCGCCAACACCAUGAAAUUCCUGCCGCGGUUCUUCGCGCGCCAUCAACUGUCGAAAAUCUUUAUUUGUUUUCCUGACCCUCAUUUCAAGGUGCGGAAACACAAGGCUCGGAUUGUUUCGUCGGCGCUGAAUGCCGAGUACGCGUAUUUCCUCAAACCGGGCGGAUUUUUGUAUACCAUUACAGAUGUGGAGCAGUACCAUAGAUGGAUUUUGGAUCAUUUCGGUGUGCAGCAGAAGGAUGAUGCUGCGGCUGCGACUGAGAAAGAGCAUACUGCGGGAGUAGGACUGUCGGAAGAUAAUAGCAAACCAGGGGACGACGAUGUGGAUAGUGAAAGUGACGGUGAGUCUGGAGAGGCCCGUGUUAAAGAGCUGUUUGAGCGGGUUUCAGAUGAAGAGUUGGUCAAAGAUCCAUGUGUCAAAGUGAUGCGUGAGGAGACUGAGGAAGGGAAGAAGGUGAAGAGAAAUAAUGGGCCUAAAUUUGUUGCUGUCUUUAGACGUUUACCUGACCCCGAAUGGUCUACCUCUUGACUGGUUUACGGUAUAUGUAGAGAAAUUUGAAAAUAAAGAACAAAAUUAUA